GGCUGCUAGGGCUUGGCGCUGGGCGCGACGAUGUCGCAUUUUGGGCGAUCGGGGCCGCCGGACAUCCGCGAUACGUACUCGCUCCUCGUCCUCAACAUCACCUUCCGGACCAGCGCCGACGAUUUGUUUCCUUUGUUUGAUAGAUAUGGAAAAGUGGUUGAUAUUUUUAUCCCAAGAGACCGGAGAACCGGGGACUCGAGGGGAUUUGCUUUCGUUCGUUACAAGCACGCUGACGAAGCUCAAAAGGCAAUUGAGAGGCUUGAUGGUAAGAAUGUAGAUGGAAGAAAUAUUGUUGUCCAAUUUGCGAAAUACGGCAGGAACGAUGAGUCAAUCCACCGUGGAAAAAUAACUUCGUCCAGUCCAAUCUGGCGCAGCCGGUCCAGGAGCCGGAGUCCUCGGAGAGGAAGAAGGGAUUAUGACGACUACCGAGAGAGAGAUAGAGACCGAAGGCGUAGCCGUAGUCGCGAAAGAUACGAACGCGAGAGAUACCGCGGGCGUGACAGUAGAGAUUACCGGAGACGGAGCUUUAGCCGCAGCCGAAGCCGCAGUAGAAGUAGAGGCCGUGGCCACGACUAUCCCCGAGACAAUCGUGACGGCGGCCGCGAUGGCCGCGAUGCUCGUGAUGGUCGUGAUGGCCGCGAGGGGCGAAGACGAUCCCGGAGUAAAUCACCCGAGAGGCAAGCGUCUCCAGUCAUUGAAAGGAGCCCGUCGCCUCAGCCUCGUCGUAGCGCUUCUCCAGCUCCCAGGAGCCCAUCGCCGGUGCGAAACUUGGGCCAUCGCAGCGUCUCUCCGAGAGCAAGUCCAUCGCCGGAUGCGAAAAGUCCCGUGAAUGGCCGCCAUUCUUCUCCUAAUUCAGAGCCUGAGGAAUCCUAAUAAGCGAGCGGUGGCAUGCGCCUUUGGAGUACCUUGUUAGAGCUAUCCGGGGGUGGACAGUCUUAGUAGUACUCAUGGAAGCUGUCCGAGGGACAUCUAGCUGAGUGGAGGUGGCACCUCAGCUGGUUCGUCUUUACGUUGCAUUUUUUUUCUUCUCUUGCUCUCUUUCUCACUCUUCUCUCUCGCUCUCUCCCUCUUUUCUUUCUUUCCAUCACUAUGAUGUAUGUUUCUCGCUUAUUGGUAUGGGAAGGCUGUUGUUGUA